ACCCUUGGAUCUCAAUGAGACAUUUACCCCUACAAUGGGAGAGGAAUUAACUGCUCUUUCUGGAAAUGAGAGUUUUCGUAUUCACGACACUUUGGAUAUUUCUGCCUCCUACAUCAAGGAGAAAGGAAGAGAGAGGCAAGGACUGGGAGUUUCUGGGCCAGAAAAUGACCAACAGACUUGUGAGAGGAGUGAACUUGGAUUGUCGGAUGAUAUUCCGAUGGAAAUAGUUGAGCUCAUGGCCAAGAACCAGCAUGAAAGGGCUUUUGGUAAUUCAAGAAAUCUCGUCCUCCAUGAGGGAACCAAUAGAACCUCAAGAGGGUCUCCUGCACUACAUGGCAAUGGACAUUCAAUUGUGACGAAUUUUCUGCUCCCCAACACGAGGGGAAAUAGUGUGAAUCCAGAAUGUGGCAACAUAAAAGCUGACCAGGGCAAUCAUAACCGUUUUGGUUGGUUGAGUAGAAAUCAGUCCGACAUGGGGAAAUUGGAAGAGAGUUCACUCUUCAAUUCCUUUUUGCAGAAUCAACAAAGCAACACACCAUUUUCCACUACUGGUUCAAACAUAACCGGACUGAGACUCAGGAAAGGAGCAGAACCACUGUGGUCUUCUAGCAAAGAUAACAUGCCUUUUCGUCUUGAUAUUCCCAAGAACUGUUUGACUCAGUCUAAUCAUGAAAGGUCACAUUCAUUCGUCGACUCGCAGCAUAAAGGAAAGACCAUCAGUGACAUAAAGGGUCAUGAGGCAAAACUGCCAGUGCAUGAUAUGUCAUUACUCAAACAAGGGAGAAUUGUACAGAGCCCAAAAUCCAUGGGCUCAUUAGAUUCUUACUCCAAUGGUACUAUUCCAGCAACGGAGUUGCUAUCUUUGAUGAAUCAAGGUGUGAUAUCGAGGAGUUCUUUCAAUAUUGGCAUGGAAAGUUUCCGUUAUAAAGACUUUUCUCCCUGCACUCACCAUCCAAGUUUGAAUGGGGAUGAGAAAAGGAAUGCCCUGAGUAGAUCUUUCUUUCCUCAGCAUCACCAUUUAAAGGAAUUCCCAGUGUUACCGUCCGGCAUUUAUGGUCCCGUAUCUUCGCGAGAGGGCUUAGGUGUUGGUCCAUCAAGCUUUAAGAUUCUCCCUCGACAAUCUCAUAGAGACGUCGUUCCAUCACUGUCCAUUGACUUGGAGGAAUCCACCAAUCCUGGAACUCCCCAGCCACUGAGAAUUAGGACGGAAGAACAUGUUUGCACACUCAACCAGAACCCUGCUGACUUCAGCAUUCCUGAUGCACGAAACCAGUACACCAUCUGUGCAAAGGAUUUGAAAUUGAAAAAGAGGAAUGCAUCGAAAGAAAGAUCUUCCUCCGGUAACAGGGAAGGACGCAAGAGACAGAGGGUCACAAAGAAUGGUUUGAGGAAAGAGUCUGCUAGAAAGUAGUGCAUCUCCCUUAUUUCGAGAUGCUUCAGUUAAGAUCUGGUUUAAAUUAUGUCUUUCUGGUUUACCAUGGAUUACAUGUCUUGUUUUUGGUCGCUAUACAUUUAAGGAUUACGUUAAUUAUCUGAAUAAGUCAGUUUUGCAACUUUUGGAUGUUUAAA